AUGUCUGACAGCGAGAUGCGACAGAUCAAGAACAGAGAACGACAAGUCGGUGGCCUCUUGCCCCGGUGCGGCAACGACCAGAAGGUGGCCAGGGCAACCCACGAGGUAAAGUGCUUCUCGCCGGAGCGACAAUAUCACUGGUCCUCGCGUCUCUCGUUGAAGCGUCGUAACUUUGCGUUGGAUGACAGCCAGUCGCAAUGGCCGCUGACCGGAGGAGGCAUGGAGGGGCGUGAAGAUUCACAGAUUCACAACGUGCGCCAUGCAGCACACCAGUGGGAAGAAGAGGACGUGCCAUCACUGCCAUGUCAGCACAACUAG